AUGUCUCUCCCCUAUCCCUCUCACCUUCUAUCUGCCACUGCUCCUUCUCGUUUCCAAACCUUGACCCUCAACAACACCGUCUCAAUCGAACCUCCCUUUCUGGGAUUCAAGCGUACACCAUGUUUUAUUGAGAAGCAGAGUUGCUGCUUAAGUGUUAAACCAUUUGGUGCAUCUCAGAAGAGAGUGACCAAGAUCUCCUGUUGUAUGAAUACGUCUGCACAACAAUCAGAUGAUCAUGGGAAAAUAAAGCUUGACCAAUUAAUAGACAAAGCAUGGAAGCUUUGGGACAGUUCUCCUGAGCCGGUGAAGAUUUUCCCGUGGAACAAAGCUUUGGACAACUUUAUUCAAUUUAUUCUUGAUCUUAUUUUGGUUGUUGUCAAAUUCCUAGCUGUACCUGUAUUUGCGGUUACCUCACUGAGUGAAAUGUCCUACUGUGCACAUGAAAGGAAGCUAUUUCUUGUUCCUCUUCCGGUUCUCUUUGGAGUUGCUGUUGCUGGGUUCCUUAAAGAGACUGCCCUCGAGUUAUCUCCACGACUAAAGGAUGCAGAAGUUCCAUGGCAUUUAAUUGCCAUUGCAAUUUUUUUCACAUUGGUCAAAUUGCCAGGGCCAUAUUACCCUUACUGGGGACGUAUAAUUAUUCCUCAUUUUGCAAAUGGGGCUCUCUUGAGGACUCUAUGGUAUGCAAUAUUGUGGUUUAGAAGACAUAAAGCGUUGAAGAUGCCAGGUUCUAGUUAG